AAACGUGUUUUCAAAAAAUGAUUUUUCACUCGUGGUUUUUUGAAUUUCAAUAAAUAACUAAUUUCUCUUUUAUUAUCGUUUUACAUGUUAGAAAUAUGGGUGAAGAAUUCGAUGAUAAAAAAAAGGAACACCGGAAGCCUCAUUCUGGACGAAAAGCUGAAAAAAAAGAUAAUGUUAAGAAAAAAUAUGAUCAAAAUGUCGAGUCUGCUAAAAAACGAAACCCAAAAGCAUUUGCUAUCAAUUCAGUGGUUAGUGCUCAAAGGAGAUUUAGAAGAACUCAAGACUUAGAUACUAAAAAACAACAUAUACCUUUAGUUGAUCGGACUCCUUUGGAACCACCACCAAUUGUAGUAGUUGUAGUUGGUCCUCCUAAAGUGGGCAAAACAACAUUAAUUAAUUGUGUAAUUAAAAAUUUUACAAGACAACCUUUAACUGCCAUUAGUGGUCCUGUUACCAUUGUGUCUGGUAAAAGAAGACGAAUCACAAUAAUUGAAUGUAAUAAUGAUAUCAACAGUAUGAUAGAUUUAGCUAAAGUAGCAGAUCUUGUACUACUUAUGAUUGAUGCUUCCUUUGGAUUUGAAAUGGAAAUUUUUGAAUUUCUAAAUAUAUGCCAAGUUCAUGGAAUGCCUAAAAUAAUGGGUGUUUUGUCUCAUUUAGAUAUGCUUAAAAAUAAUAAAGCUUUGAAACGUACCAAAAAGUUAUUAAAACAUAGAUUUUGGACUGAAGUGUAUGCUGGAGCAAAGUUAUUUUAUUUAUCUGGUAUACAUCGUGGGGAGUAUUUACGCAAUGAAGUAAAAAAUUUAGGAAGAUUUAUAUCUGUUAUGAAAUUUAGACCACUUACCUGGCAAACUUCCCAUUCUUAUGUUCUUGUUGAUCGUAUGGAGGAUCUUACGCCACCUGAGGCUAUUCGUCAAGAUGAAAAAUGUGAUAGACGAGUUAGUUUAUAUGGUUUUGUACGAGGCAUUCCAUUGAAUAAAAAAAGUAGUGUACAUAUUCCAGGAUGUGGAGAUUCUGCAAUAUAUGAUAUGUGCUUUUUACCUGAUCCUUGUCCUAUUCCUGAUAAAACAAAAAAAAGAAGCCUAGUUGAUAAAGAGCGUCUAGUUUAUGCACCUUUUUCUGGAGUUGGUGGCAUUGUUUAUGAUAAAGAUGCUGUUUAUGUUGAACUAGGUGGAAGCCAUUCACACAGUAAAAUAAUGAAUAAUGCUGGAGAAGAAGCACCCGGUCGAGAACUAGUAAAUAAUAUUGUCGAGACACAAGAAACAUUAGACCAAAAAAUGGCUCGAAGUGAAGUUCAAUUAUUUUCAAAUACCAAACCUAUAAUUUCAACUGAUUUUAGAGAAGAUGCUGAUAUGGUUGAAGACAAUAACAUGUCAGUUGAAAAUGUUGAAGAUCCCAUUGAUGGUCAUAUACGUCGAAAAGUGAUCUUCCGUUCAGAUGAUAUGAAAUUCUCUGAUCUUGAUGAUGAUUCUUAUUCUGAAGAUUUAAAUGAUGAUAAUGUUAUAACUGACAAAGAAGAUGAUAAUGCUGAUGAAAAUAACAGUAGUUCUGAUUCUGUAUGGACUGAUAGUGAAGAAGAAAUUGGAAAUAAAACUAAUUUAGGAGAUCAGUCCCGUUUUUAUGGAAGAUCAUUUGGAAAAGAGAAUGAAAUUCAUAAAAAAAUUGCUGAUGAGUUAGCCAAACUGGACAAGAUAAACAUGGAAUCUAAUUUUAAAAAAUGGAGUAAUGAAGAUGAAGAAAUAUCUAAUGAUGAAGUAGAGUAUGAUGAAGAUUCUGAUGAUUCAGAUGAUAGCCAUGAGAAUUUUGAUGAUGAAGAAAGUCAAGAUGAUGUUGAUGUAUAUAGUGAUAAUGAUAUUGAUGAUUCUAAUGAAAAAGAAAAAGGUGUUUUAUGCAAUGAUAUUAAAAUAGACAAGUCAAUAGAAGAUAUUAACAAAGACACAGCAUUAAAUUGGAAAAAAAAUUUAGCUCAAAAAGCCACCAAUGCUUAUUAUGAGCGACAGAAUUCAAUGGCUAAUCUAUGGAAAUUAGUUUAUGAAGACGAGAUUAAACAGAAAAAAAAUGAUAUAAAAGAAGAUGAAGAUGAGUUAGGUGGCUUGUUUCGUUUAUCUAAUAUCAAGAAUAUGAAAAAACAAAGUCAAAAAGAAGAUAUGGAUAAAGAAGAUACCUCUAAAUUUAUUAUAGAUCAUUAUCAUGAUUGGAAUUUAGCAGAGGUUUGUGAUAGUAUCAGAGAUAUGUUUGUUACCGGAAAAUGGAAGCAUAGUGAAGAUGCUGCAGCUCUCCUAGAAGAGAAUGAUAAUGAUGAAUUAUAUGGUGAUUUUGAAGAUUUAGAAACUGGAGAAAUAGUGGUAAAUGAUGAUUAUAAUAGUGACGACAGUAAUAUCCAAAAGCCUAACAAACCAUUAACUGAAGAAGAGUUGAAAGAAAAAAAGAAAAAAUUAAAACAGCAAUUUGAUGAAGAUUAUGAUGAUAAAGAGGGAGGACCAAACACUUAUUAUGAAGAGUUGAAAGAAGAAGCUUCAAGGCAAGCACAACUAAAUAAAAGUCAAUUUGAAGGAAUGGAUGAUGAAAUUCGUGUUCUAUUAGAAGGUUUUAGAGCAGGGAUGUAUGUACGACUUGAGUUGGACUCAAUGCCUUGUGAAUUGGUUAGCAAUUUCGAUCCAACUUAUCCUUUAAUUGUUGGAGGAUUACAGAGUGGUGAAGAAAAUAUAGGAUACUUAAAAUUGCGAAUAAAAAAACAUAGAUGGUAUAAUAAAAUAUUAAAAAACCGAGAUCCUUUAAUUAUUUCAAUGGGUUGGAGGAGAUUCCAAACAUUACCAAUAUAUUCUAAACAAGAGGAUAAUAUGAGAUAUAGAAUGUUAAAAUAUACACCUGAACAUGUAAUGUGCAUGGCACAUAUUUGGGGACCUAUAACUAAACCAGGAACAGGAUUUCUAGCUGUUCAAGAUGUAGCUUCAAUACAAUCUGGUUUUAGAAUAACAGCUACUGGAACAGUUGUCGACUCUGAUCAAUCUACCCAGGUUACUAAAAAGUUAAAAUUGACUGGAACACCUUUAAAAAUUUAUAAACGUACUGCUUUUGUAAAAGAUAUGUUCAAUUCUACCUUGGAAGUGACUAAAUUUGAAGGGGCUCGUAUAAAAACUGUGUCUGGUAUUCGUGGACAAAUAAAAAAAGCAUGUCUUAAACCAGAAGGUUCAUUUAGGGCAACUUUUGAAGAUAAAAUAAAAAUAAGCGACAUUAUAUUUUGUCGCACAUGGUAUAAUGUUGAAGUACCAAAAUUAUAUAAUCCAGUUACUUCAUUAUUACUACCUCUGCAUGAUAAAAAUUCAUGGCGUGGAAUGAAAACUACUGGACAAUUAAAAAGAGAACAAGGCAUCAAAGGACUUCCACAAGAAGAUUCCAUGUAUACUCCUAUUCAUAGAACUAUGAAAUACUUCAAGCCAUUAAAAAUUUCUAAGAAUUUACAAGCUCAGCUACCUUAUAAAGAUAAGCCAAAGACAUUAGUAACAGCAAAGAGAGAUCUUAAAAAGCAGAGAGUGGCUGUUGUAAGAGAUGGCCAUGAGGAACAAGUUGCUUCUCUAAUGAAAAUGAUACGUACUACGUACAAAGAGAAGAAACGUAAGGAAAGGAAAGAUAUGAGAAUAAGAGUUAGACAGCACAAGAAAGAUAUUCAAACAGAAGUUAGAGCCAAAUAUAAAAGAGAUCAACAGAAGAAAAAAGCUAUUAUGAGAAAACGAAGUAAAAUGUCAUCUAAUAAAUAGUUUUAUUUGAAACUAUUAUACUAAUUAAUGAUUUUACUUUAAAUAAAUUACUACAUUUAUGAAAAUAAUGUAGGUGCUAUGUAUAA